CAUGGUCACAAUCAACAGCUUCGCAACGAGUUCUUCUGUUCCCCAAGAUGGAGCAGACCCCCAAAAGAUUAAGCCACGUGAUGUGGUAUUCGUACAAGACACGACAGGCAGCCAGGGCCCCUAUAUCACCUCUGCGCGCAGGGCCAUUCGCAGCAUUUGCGACAGAAUCGCAGCGUCCGCAGAGCUGUCGCAGGACCAGAUACGCUUCGGCCUCAUCGCGUUCCGCGACCACCCUCCCCAGGAUACGAGCUAUGUCACAAAGGAAUUUGGGUUCACCUCCGACAUCGAGGUCAUGCAGAAGAACCUCGCGAGCCUCAUCGCGUCGGGUGGAGGGGACGGUCCCGAGGCACAGACUGCUGCCAUUGCUGCAGCGCUCAACCUGAACUGGGCGGAGGGCGCCAUCAAGAUGGUUAUCCUUAUCACGGAUUCGCCCCCUCACGGUCUUGGAGAGUACGGGGACGGGUUUGACAAGUCGCCAGAUGAGAACGACCCUCUCCAAAUUGCGCGCCAGAUGGCCGAACACGGUAUCACACUGUUCGUCAUCGCCUGUGAACCAGCGCUCAGCAUGUACAAGCAUGCCGUCGACUUCUACUCCGCACUCGCCCAAAUCACAAGUGGCCGCAUCUUUCCCUUGACCAUGGCCGACAAGCUAGGCGACUACAUCGUUGGCACCGCCAUUGAGACGAUCGAAACCGAGAAGCUGAUUGGGGAGUUUGAGAAGGUCAUCGUGGACGAGGUCUUCGCCAAGGACGCUCCCGUCGCCAGUGUCGUCGACAACCUCCAGGAGUUCAUGAAGUCUCGGGGGGUGCAGAUCAAUUCUGUCGCUUUUGAAGGAGGCUAUGCCGAGACGGAUACAUUCAAGAAGAAGGUGAACAUCUGGCACAACUCGAAGACCGUCGGAGUGGCUAGGACGGAAGUAAAAGCAUUGGCUCCAGAUGUAGCAGAUGAAGAGGAUGAAGAAGACGACGAGGAUGAGGAUAUGGGUUUCAGCCUGGGCUUGGACGAGGGGUACACCUGGGGCAGGGAGAGAGAGAAGACCACGACCAAGAAGAGGAGCUAUGCCCCCAAGGGCCGGGGGUUUGGAGCUGUGGGCGGCGGCUUUAGCAUACCAGCUGCUCCCCCUGGUGCAUUGUUUGGUGCAGCAGCUACUGGGUCAGCACCAGCGUUCGGAGCGGCGCCUCCACCCCCGCCUGCUCCUGCGCCUAGGGCCCCGGCAAUCCAGAUGCAACAGCAAGACUUGAGCCGUGCGCAGACUCGUCGUAUCGUGAUGCAAAGCAUGGCGAGAAACUCCAAAGUUACGGAGGAAGGAAUGAUCGAUCGGGUUACUGGCAAAUCUAUUGCGACUACAGCAUACGACCCGAGUCCUUUGAAUGCGGCGAAAGAGUUCCCCCCGUA